GCUUCCGCUUCCGGGUCACGGCCCUUCUCCUUCCGGGAGGCCGUUGGCGGGCAACCGGCGGGCGCCAUGGCGCGGAACGCGGAAAAGGCCAUGACGGCCUUGGCAAGGUUUCGGCAAGCUCAGCUUGAGGAAGGAAAGGUUAAGGAACGAAGACCUUUCCUUGCAUCAGAGUGCAAUGAAUUGCCUAAAGCUGAGAAAUGGAGGCGACAGAUCAUUGGGGAAAUUUCCAAGAAAGUGGCACAGAUUCAAAAUGCUGGAUUAGGUGAAUUCAGAAUUCGGGACCUGAAUGAUGAAAUAAACAAACUUCUGAGGGAGAAAGGACACUGGGAAUUCAGAAUAAAGGAGCUGGGAGGUCCUGAUUAUGCUCGGAUUGGACCAAAAAUGUUAGAUCAUGAAGGGAAAGAAGUUCCAGGAAACAGAGGUUACAAGUAUUUUGGAGCUGCAAAGGAUUUACCAGGAGUUAGAGAACUUUUUGAAAAGGAGCCCCUCCCACCGCCUCGGAAAACUCGAGCUGAGCUGAUGAAAUCCAUUGAUGCAGAAUACUAUGGGUACAGGGAUGAAGAUGAUGGUAUUCUGGAGCCACUGGAACAAGAGCACGAAAAGAAAGUUAUAGCAGAAGCAGUGGAAAAAUGGAAAAUGGAGAGAGAAGCGCGACUUGCAAGAGGUGAGGAGGAGGAGGAAGAGGAAGUAAACAUCUAUGCUGUCAACGAUGAUGAGUCUGAUGAGGAAGGUGGCAAGGAAAAAGACGGUGAAGAAGGCCAACAGAAAUUUAUUGCACAUGUUCCAGUGCCAUCUCAACAGGAGAUUGAGGAAGCUCUUGUACGGAGAAAGAAGAUGGAGCUUCUUCAGAAGUAUGCCAGUGAAACCCUCAUGGCACAGAGUGAAGAAGCAAAAACACUUCUAGGAUUGUAACAUGGCACCAGGAUGUCCUGGUUUCUGCAUAAUCCAUCUAAAAGCAGCAGGUUCAUAUACUCUGGUAGCGAUCACUUCUAGCUCCGCAAGUCCCUUUGGGUGGUAAGAGUAAACUGAUGAAGUUUCAGUGUGCGCUGCAGCAGGAAAACCAUCACUUUGGUUUGUCCGAUUGCACUUCAGUGCUGAGAAAGAUUAGACCUAAGUUAACUUGUCUCUGCAUCUCCAGCGACUGUCUGCAGUCCUUUUGCUUUGUAAAGUGGUCUGUGCAGUGGUGCCUCUUACAGAUGGAACCGCAAACCCUGUUACUCCUUAAAUCUGGAAGGAAAACUGACUGACGUUACUGCCGUUCUGUCUGCUGUAUCCUGACUGUAGGUGUACGCAUCUUCCUCAGGUGGAUUUUUGCUGAGCUGAGUCCAGAAGUAACUUACUCUGUUAUGCCUGGUUAGUUUACCAGAAUAGCCUAGAACCUGUUUAGAGGUACCUCGAUGGCAGAUCUUACGAGUGACUUUGAAGUCGAUUUGGUUCUUUAUAUAACACAUGCGAUACGUCUAAAAGCUCUUACCCUUCUUGUGGUUUGUAACCGUGCCUGGGUGAAUUGCUUAAAUGCUGGAUAUUUCAGCAACUAUUGUAAAUACUUCCAGCCUUGUUCAAAUAUUUUUAGUAAAACUUAUUUACAACCUGA